AUGUUUUUCUCAACUAUGCAGACUCUUUCCUUCCUUUCGGCUCUCGCUCUACCCGCUGUCAUCAGUGCUAGCAGCGUCGGCGAUUCAGGCACUCUCUCUUCCCUUGAUGGCGGCCUUGGAGGAGUCGUUACUGUCGCCAGCGAUUCUUCGCUUAAGAUUACACAAUAUAAGCUGGCUGACGCCAGUGCCCCUGAGCUUUACUGGUGGGGAAGCACCUCCAGCGACCUCUCUGCUGGUUUCCGCAUCUCCAACACACACAUUACCGAAGCCGCUACGUCGGAUACCCUGACGAUUAACUUGGAUGCCGGCCAUUCGCCUGCCGACUUUUCCACUGUGGGACUGUGGUGUGAGAAGUUCAAGACCAACUUCGGCGAGGCACAGCUUAAAGCCACCGGCACGGGAACUGGCGGUGACUCGCAAACCACCACCGGAGCUGCAGCACCGGCACGCACUACCACUGGUUCAGGCUCUGCAAAUUCUAUCGGGAUUAUGUUUGCCAUUGUGGCCAUGGCUGCUGGAGUCGCAAUUCCGGCACUGCUUUAA